ACACCAGGGAGCGGAGCGGCGCGGACCGAGCACCGAGGCGGCUCCUGCCUCCGCCGCCGCCGCCUCCGCCGCCGCCGCCGGGGCUCCAGCUUCGGGCCCGCGCCCCCCCCAGUGCCCGCGAGCCCCCGGGCCGCGCCGCGAGCGCCUCCGGAGGGGGGGGGAAGGGCCCGGUCCUCCUUCUCCCCCUCCUCCCGCCCCACCGACCCCCGCCGCGCCCCGCCGGCCUCCCACCACGGCCUCUCUCGGCGAGGAAACUCUGGCCUCCGCUUCCUCCUCCUCCGACUCGGACGCCGGCGGAGCCUCCCCGCCCCCGCGGAAGAAGCCCCGAGCCUCGGCGGCGGAGGGAGCAGGAGAGCCCGGGGCCUCGGCCGGCCGAGCAGGCCUCCCCCCCCCGCCCUCGCCCUCGCCGGCCGCCGCCUCCUCCUCCGUGGUGGUGGUGGUGGGACUGCCUCCGGCCGCCCCCGCCGCCCCCCAGCGGAGCAGCGGCCACAGCCUGGUCAGCGGCGGCAGCAUGCAGGCCAACGGGGCGGGAGGAGGCGGCGGCGGGGGCGGCGGGGGCCAGGGCCAGACCCCGGAGCUCGCCUGUCUGUCGGCGCAGAACGGGGAGUCGUCCCCCUCGGCGGCGUCCGCGGGGGACCUGGCCCACGCCAACGGGCUCCUGCCUGCCGCCCCCUCCGCCGCUGGCAACAAUAGCAACAGCCUGAGUGUCAAUAACGGGGUUCCCGGCGGGGCCGCCGCGGCCUCCGCCACCGCCGCCGCCGCCCUGGCUACCCCCGAGCUGGGCAGCAGCCUCAAGAAGAAGAAGCGGCUCUCGCAGUCCGAUGAGGAUGUCAUUAGGCUCAUAGGACAGCACCUCAAUGGCCUAGGGCUCAACCAGACUGUUGAUCUCCUCAUGCAAGAGUCAGGAUGUCGUUUAGAACAUCCUUCUGCUACCAAAUUCCGAAAUCAUGUCAUGGAAGGAGACUGGGAUAAGGCAGAAAAUGACCUGAAUGAACUAAAGCCUUUAGUGCAUUCUCCUCAUGCUAUUGUGGUAAGAGGCGCACUUGAAAUCUCUCAAACGUUGUUGGGAAUAAUUGUGAGGAUGAAGUUUUUGCUGCUGCAGCAGAAAUACCUGGAAUACCUGGAGGAUGGCAAGGUCCUGGAGGCGCUUCAAGUCCUACGCUGUGAACUCACGCCGCUGAAAUACAAUACAGAGCGCAUUCAUGUUCUUAGUGGGUAUCUAAUGUGUAGCCAUGCGGAAGACCUACGAGCAAAAGCUGAAUGGGAAGGCAAGGGAACAGCUUCCCGGUCCAAACUACUGGACAAGCUUCAGACCUAUUUACCACCAUCAGUGAUGCUUCCCCCACGGCGUUUACAGACUCUUCUGCGGCAGGCGGUGGAACUACAAAGGGAUCGGUGCCUGUAUCACAAUACCAAACUUGACAAUAAUCUAGAUUCUGUGUCUCUACUUAUAGAUCAUGUUUGUAGUAGGAGGCAGUUCCCCUGUUACACUCAGCAGAUACUCACAGAGCAUUGUAAUGAAGUGUGGUUCUGUAAAUUCUCUAAUGAUGGCACUAAGCUAGCAACAGGAUCAAAGGAUACUACAGUUAUCGUGUGGCAAGUUGAUCCGGAUACACACCUGCUAAAGCUGCUUAAAACAUUAGAAGGACAUGCGUAUGGUGUUUCUUAUAUUGCAUGGAGUCCAGAUGACAGCUAUCUUGUUGCUUGUGGCCCAGAUGACUGCUCUGAGCUUUGGCUUUGGAAUGUACAAACGGGAGAAUUAAGAACAAAAAUGAGCCAAUCUCAUGAAGACAGUUUGACCAGUGUAGCCUGGAACCCAGAUGGGAAGCGCUUUGUGACUGGAGGCCAGCGGGGGCAGUUCUACCAGUGUGACCUGGAUGGAAAUCUUUUGGACUCCUGGGAGGGGGUGAGAGUGCAGUGCCUAUGGUGCUUGAGUGACGGAAAGACUGUGCUGGCUUCUGACACACACCAGAGAAUCCGGGGCUACAACUUUGAGGACCUUACAGAUAGGAACAUAGUACAAGAAGAUCAUCCUAUUAUGUCAUUCACUAUUUCAAAAAAUGGCCGAUUAGCUUUGUUAAAUGUAGCAACUCAGGGAGUUCAUUUAUGGGACUUACAAGACAGAGUUUUAGUAAGGAAAUAUCAAGGUGUUACACAAGGGUUUUAUACAAUUCAUUCAUGUUUUGGAGGCCAUAAUGAAGACUUCAUCGCUAGUGGCAGUGAAGAUCACAAGGUUUACAUCUGGCACAAACGAAGUGAACUGCCAAUUGCAGAACUGACAGGGCACACACGCACAGUCAAUUGUGUUAGCUGGAACCCGCAGAUCCCAUCUAUGAUGGCCAGUGCCUCAGAUGAUGGCACUGUUAGAAUAUGGGGACCAGCACCUUUUAUAGACCACCAGAAUAUUGAAGAGGAAUGCAGUAGCAUGGAUAGUUGAUGGCGAAUUGGAGCAGACGACUUCUGUUUAACUUAAAAUUAGUCGUAUUUUAAUGGCUUGGGAUUUGGUGCAAACAAACAUGAUUGAUAGCUGGACAGACAUGCUCGUCAUGAAAAAAGAACCAUUUCUGAAGCCCGAUUGGGGCCAAACAUUUACACCUUGCUUCAUAGUAACCAGUCGAUGAAGCACGUCGUUAGAACGUUGUUGGACACCAUGUUGAAUUAUUCCCCAUCGGUUGUGAAGAACUGUGCUACAUUCAGGCUUACCCAUUGAACUCAGUAUAUAUAUUUUCCCUCCUGCCUUUUGUCUGGUGGGAUACCAUUCUUGUUGCUCUUCUGUGUAAUGAAGUUCAAAUGCUUGUUUGGAAACUUUAUUUAACAGUUUAGAAGGCUUGAUAGGAAGAGUUCAUUAGUCUGAAGAGUAUACAUUGGACAGGAAAGAAUUUCUUUUUGUUUCUCCAAAUCUUUCCGCCUUAUUUAGCUUGAGAUCUUUGCAGCUUGGUUCAUGGAUUCUAGCCUUGCCCGUUGCGCAGUAUAUACUGAUCAGAUGAUAAACCAGUGAACUAUGUCAAAAGCACUCUCAAUAUUACAUUUGACAAAAAGUUUUGUACUUUUCACAUAGCUUGUUGCCCCGUAAAAGGGUUAACAGCACAAUUUUUUAAUAAUAAAUUAAGAAGUAUUUAUAGGAUUAAAGUGACUUCAUUUGUAUACAUUUGGAAUCCAAACCAGCUUAAAAACAGUUUCCUCUGUGACUGAGACACGCAGUGUGACUGAGCUCCUCUGGAGUGCCACCUGAGACGUGGCACGGUCAGAAACGUGCUCAGAAGGAGGGACACGGCACAGGAAAGCCAGAGAGAUACUUUGAAGGUUUCCCCUUUUUAUUUUAUGCCCAAAGGGACAUCAGUAUCUGAUGGUGAAGAAAUUCAAGAUUCAAAAGGAGAAUUUUAUAAAUACAUCAACAUGAAAAAUCAGCCAUCAGUGUAGGUUUUCAAGAAAACUUGUUCCAGGUUCUUUGUGGCCUUGGUGUGACCUAGUAAAACUAGAGAUCGGGAGAUAGACCUGCUUUGGGGAUUGAUAGUGUAGUUGAGACUUAGGAGAACUUUGCAGGUUACAGACGUGUAAACUGGGAUUAAAACCUCAGUCAUUUCUCCUAAUUGCCCUUAAUGCCCAACAUUCAGGGUCAUUGGAAUUUAAAGAAGAUUCCAUCUCAGCUUCUCAGAUGUUGCCAUACUGAACCUCACUCAAACUGGUGCUGUGGACAGUCUUUUCCCCCUGCUCCCUUUUAGUGUAAGGGAUGGUUUCCUUUAUGGAAAAAAAGACUUCUCAUUUGAGGACUACAUCUAAUGUCUGAUGUUGUGGAUCUAACAGUCUCCCUUGAAAUCCCCUGUUUUUCAGUAGAGGAUAAUCAGGGUGACCACAGCCUUUGGAAAGAGAAGUGGAAUUACUCUCAAAGUAAGAUCCUGGUGAAGAAAACAAAUCUUGUACCGAGUUGGCCUUGAAGCCAAGCCAAAUCCGUAGCAUUCUCACCACGAUCACAGCCUUCACGGCCCUAGGACAGGGUUGUGGGCCUUAAAAUAGUGUUUAUUCUCCCAAAGCCCAUACUAAGGAAAUAACAGAUCGUAGUUGGCAAUUGUUUUAUCAAAUUGGUGUGUAAAAGAUUCCUUUAAGCUUCAUUUUGCAGAGACCACCACUUUAGAAAAUCAGAGAAAUCCUGUUUUGAUACAUCUAAGUUAAAAUAUGUUACCGUUUAUCUGGUACUUCAUUUCUUGACUAAAAUUACUUUUCACUUUAAGCUUGAAUAAAAAUUUUCAUUCAUAACUAUAUUAAUUAAGUGGCAACUCCUGUACCUCAGUGCAGUUAAAACCGUAUUUUGAUUGAUACACCCUGAAGCCAUUAAUACAUACAUCCCAGUCUCUACGGUAACAGUCAUUAAUAAAAUGUGGGCGCAGAACUCCACAGCUGUUUACAAAUGUAGUUACAUUGUACUAUAUGGUACAUAUGUAAUGUUCCUUGAACUUCCUGCCCAUUCAGGGCAGUCUGACAAUUGAGAUUCCAUUAGUAUACCAAGCCACACCUACACCUGAGUUUUCACAGUGCUUCUGAAGGACAGUUAAAAACACUUAGGAGUAAAACAUGGACUGAAAGUGAGGGUCAUUUCACAAGACCAUAACUCCUUGUUAAAGUGGAGUUACAACUAUGCAAAGGUGUUCAUAGUAGCUAGGUGAGUUUGGUUUCCAGAUCUGUCCUAACUAGCGGCUUCCUGUAUAGACCGGGCACUUCACUGUGCCAUUUUGCUGUAAGGGUCUGUUUCCUAUAUUUACAAUGAAGUGAGUAUGUUAGAACGGUAGGAAAGAUGGUGACGAAACCUAGCUUUUAUGAUGGAAGAACCUGGUGGCAGGAUUUUUCUAACCCAUAGCUAUUAAAUGAAAUCUUCUGACAAUGUGAUAAACUACAUAAAGGCUUAAGAGGGAAAAUUCUGUCAAGCCAGCCACAAGAUACUAACCAAUGUAUAAACUGAAAAGUACCAAUACUUUUUGCACAUAGAUCAAAAUAGUGGAGAUUUUUUUACUCCAAAAAUCAGGUUAGUAGGCUCAAUACCGUGUGCUUGAAAAUGUUUUUGUUGUUGUUAAUGCGUUGAUUAAGGGCUAGAGCAAGAAUGAAAUUAAAUGUCUUUUUCCUCUAAGUAAUUACUGGUUAUUAGUGGUAAAGUGUUGGAUUUGGGACUCACUGAGGUUGGUGUGUGGGUGAUGAAAAAAAGAAUUAGAGUGGGAGUUAGCUGGGGGAGAUGACAAAGCUUCAGAUCUGAUUUUUGUGUUUUAGUAUUCAUGCCACCUGUAUUUCAUUGCUCUUGCUGGCUAGAUAAAUGUAUUCUAGCCAAGCCAGGUAAGUAGUUGAAAACAGGAAAUUUUACUUGCAGAUGUCCCCAUAUAUUGGCCCAUUUUAUUGGGUGGGAGAACAAAAAGAAUUCUCUGAGUGUAAGUGAUUAAAAUAACCUGCUACAUGAACCAAGAGCAAUCUUGUCACUAUUUCCUUAGUCUGAGUAAACACAGCAGUAAUUCAGUAAGAUUAGAGAGUAGGAGUGCUCUGCCUCGACUGGCAUUCUGUGGCAUUAAUAGAAAAUUCUUCUUUCCCACCCCUCCCCACCUUGAAAUCUUCUUUUUUAGGAUGUUCCUGCAAACAAGAACUGACCCUCUGCCUCCCAGUGGGUAAAAGUGUCGCACAUCUCUUGAAAGGGAACAUAUCCAUGUCAUUUACUUUACAGAAGAAUGGGGAGGAAGAAGAUAAUUUGUCUUAAUAUCCUUUGUGUCCCAUUUUUAAAAUAUAUUUUUACUUAGUAUUUUUACUUUCAUGUCUCUGACUUGAGCAAUUCUCCCUUCGUUUGCUGGCCAAAGCAUUCCCUCCAUUCCCGAAACCAUGCCUGAUUUCACUUAAACUGCUAACUUAAAAGAGGUGAAUUUGCAUUUACAUGUAGACACUUUCUAAAAACAGGGUGAGCUUAAUCUAAACUUGGAAGUGUUGAGCUAUUGUUACAGUAGCUGCCCCAGAAUUUCAAAAACAAGCUGUAAAAACUCAUCCCCAUCCAGAUAGCCUGGAUUUAAUGAAGUUAAUCGCAUAAAAUUUUGUGUGUUUUGAGAAAGACCUUGAUUCAUAAAGUAUCCUAGAAAUAACUUCUAGGUUGUCAUUUUUACUGGAGUCUUGUGCACAUGUAAAGUGCCCUCUCCUGAGUGUAAGACUUGGUUAAUACUUGUCUAUUUUUAUAAGAAUGAAUUGUGUCCCACCUUUUGACUUAGACAGUUACAUUAUCAGGAUCAAUACGCUAGAAUUAAAUCAUAACAAUUUUUUAGGCUCAGAGGGGGAAAAUGUUAUUGGCCCCUAGAAAGUAAGAGAGAGGGAGAAAGGGAGGGAGGGGUGUGUGUGUGUGUGUGUGUGUGUGUGUGUGUGUGUGUGUGUGUGUGUGUGUGUGUGUGUGUGUGUGUGUUGAGGGGAGUAGAUUGCAAAAGCAUGUAUGUGCUUACAAACCAAGCUGUAGAGAUCACAUAAAGAACUUGGGUGUUGCUCUGGAGAUUUCUGAACUGUAGAGAGUGAUAAGGCACUGUAGCUCACACGAUGUUGGUGUGGCGUAACAGUUAACUAUGGUAGAUGUUUCCAGAGGAUCGUGUUCUUAAACUUUGGGGUUUGCUUUUUUAACUGCCUCUCAGAUUAUAUUUAGUAGUUUAAAUUUCUUUGUUUUAUUAUUUCAUUAAAGUAUAAAAACUUCAGGUCUCAUAUUUAUUUUCACUUGUUCUACUAAUUAUUUACAAGACACCUUUUGGUUGACAUUUAUUUUAUAAAUGUGUGGUAUAUUAAAUGUCAUUUAAUUUUUUUGUUUGAUUGAAAUUACAGUAACUUGGAUUUGCUUUACUGGGAUUUUUAAAUUUUAUUUUAAUUACACCUUUUCCAUGUCAGUGCACAGCACUUGCCCAGUCCUUUGUAUUCCCUUAUCUCAAUCCAAUAAACAGAAUGAAUAAUGAA